AUGAGCACAACAAAUGAAAAUAUAACCUCUACCGAAAAGGAUGAAAUUUUAGAAAUUUUCUUUGACGAAAACUUUGUUCCACAAGCAUAUGUGGAUAUUCUUCUAUCAACUACACGUGCACAAAAUAAACAUCAACUACAGCAUACUUCUUCAUCACUCUUAGCUAGGUUAGACUUCUAUACUAAGCAUUUAACUUCAGAAUUAGAAAAAACUAUAUGGAAUUUAGAAAAAUUAUCCGAAAGAUUACCUGGAACAUGGGAUUCCAAUACUAAUAGAGACGAGCAGUCAUCUUCAAAUGAAGAUCAGUAUAUGAGCUCACAAAUUUCUGGUGCCUCUAAGCUAGAAUAUUAUUUAGAUACAUUAGGUGGGGCCGUGAGGUCAGUGGAGACAGACGUGGAAAGGAUAAAUAAGGAACUUGCGACUUUAGAUGGGAAAUUUAAAGAUGAUACAGAUGUAAUAGAAAAGUCCAAAAAAUUAGAACUUAUUAGGAAUAGACUAAAUAAUGUGCUCAAUAUAUUUGUACAGUUACGCAGUAUUUUAGGCAUAUCACAAUCUUCUGAUUCGAAUUCAAAGGAAACUAUAAAAAAUGUAUCAUUAGAAAACUUCACUCUAGCAUUACACACUUUAGAAGAAACGAUAACAGAGUCUUUUGCUGAGUCACUUAAAAAUGAAUCAGCAAAGGAAAGAAAUAUUGAUUUGAUAGCAAAAGUGGAUCAAUUCAUACGACUAACACAACUCUUCCAAGGGUUCACGCAAUUCCAUGAAAUAUAUGCUAAAUUUGCUGAUAAUAUCGCGAAGGCCUCCCAAAAAUAUUUAUCUACAAAGGACAUCGAUGGUGAUUUUAACAUUUAA